AUGACAUCAUCGAUUCCUAAUAACGCCGCUGCGACUGCUCUCCGCUCCCUCCUCGAUUUCGGCAACUCGCUUCUCUCGGAGCUCCUGCGUUUCCGCGCCAACCUACCGCGAGACUUCCUCCGUUCAAUCACACUCCCUGCACCACCACCUCCAUCGACAUCUUCUCAGCUCAAUCCCGUGCAAAUCCCCUCGCCGUCUCCCGAUCUGCCAUUCCCGCUAUGGGACUUCGAGUACCUGCGCGCGCCAGACGACCGCGAGCGCGAGCUCCGGGAGCGGCCGAACGAGUGGAGCGCGGAGCGCGCGUGGUGGACGGCGCACGGCGAGCAGCUGGUGGGGUUCGUGCUGCUGCUGGCGGCCGCGCUGAAGCUCUACCGCGCGCUGAGGCAGACGAUCGAAGGGCUGCGGCGUGGCUUGUUCCUGGGGAGCUCGCUGGAAGGCGUGGUGGGGGGAGAUGAGGGCGACGAGAUGCAGUCGCUGCUGCUGCAGCGCCUACUCAUCGCUGCGUACCGUCACUGGUGCCGAACCUCCGGGCCAGGCUCGGGGGAGGCCCUGGGUGAGAUUUUGACUAGCGACUUUGACGACCUAUGCCAGCUGUGCCGAACCACAGGAUCAGGGUCGGGGGAACCGGAGGCCCACAAGGGGUCUGUAGUAGGACAAGCAACGGGCAAGAAAGUGGGGAGCAACGUGGGUGCAGGCAGCAGCAGUGCCAGCAGUGAUACCGACGCCUUCCUUUGGUCUCCAUUCCCAAGAGAGUGCUUCGACAUUGAAAAGCUGGGCCUCGUUUUAGGCUUGGACUCAGGUUCGGGCUCAGGCCUGGGAUCAGGUUUGGGGUCAGAGGGGUCUGGUCUGGACAUUGGAGGGGCGGAGACAGCAGCGUUUCUGUCGCUGCCGUGUGUGAUAGCGCCCACGGACACUCGCAGCCUGGAGCAGCUCUUCUCCCGCUUUGCCCCCCCGCCUGAUGUCACAUGGAUGGCCAUCCAGGCCCUGCUGCGGAAACAAGCUGCUGCCGUCGACUCCUCGCCUGCUGCUUCCUCCACUUUCGAUCCAGCCUCUUCGGUUCUCCUGUCUUCCUCCUCCUCGUCUGCUCUGCCUACUCCCACGUUCUCCUCAUUCCCUUCAACGCAAGCCCCCUCGCAGGCAGGAGCAACAGGAGCAGGGGGAGCAGCAGGAGCAGCGGCAUCAGGAACACCACCCUGGCAGCACUUCCCUGCCGCAAACUCAGCUCUCGCCCUGCACCUCUCCCCAACCUCCGCGCUGCACGUGGCUCAGGCGCUGGUGCAGGUGCUGCCAGGGGUGCAGCAGGCAGUGGGCAGAGCCAUGGGUCGGCUGAAGCAGCAAGGGGCGGCGGGAUGGGAGGAGGAGCUGAGGGGUGGUAAGCAUGUGGGCAGUGGGGUUGGUUUGUCCGUGCUGCGCAGUGCACGGGAGAUCCUCUCCCUCAUCCGCCACACAGCCGCGCUCCUCAGGUGGCUGCUGCAGCACCGCGCCUCCCUCGCUUUGCACCUUUCCCUGCCUAUCAUCCUCACCACCCACCGCCUUGCUCGCUCAGCCCAACAACACGCACACACCCGUGCUCGCACUGCUGCUGCCGCUGGCCUGUCAUCCCCUGGCUGGUCGGAGGCAAGCCAGGUGGCUGCUGAGGUAGCUGCGGACUUGCUCUUGCCGGAAGUAACAGGUGGGGUGGCUGUGGGCUCGCCUCCUCCCAUCCCCCCUCCCGCUGACCACGACCCACUCUUCACUCUCCUUCUUUCGUUCGCCGAGCUCCAAUCAGAGGCCGCCACGUGUCUCUCCGCCAUCAUUGCCCGCAGAGAGGACAGCUGGCACCGCCUGAGGCAGGCGGCGUGCGCACGGCUGGACGGCCUGGCUCGGCUGUUUGUGGCGGGGCAGGGUGUGGAGGGAGAGGGGAGAGGCGCAGCAGGGAGUGGGGGCAGAGGGGGAGUUGAGAGUGGGAGCAGGGGAGGGGAUAGGCGAGGGGUGGGAGAUGGUGGGGAGGCGAUGGCGGGCAUGGGGUGGAAGGAUGGGGCGGAUGGGAGCAUUGGGGAGUGGUUUCAGCGACUGUCGUGGCAGGUGUCGCACUGGCAGCACCCAGACGCCCCUUCAACGCCAGCCAGCCUGCAGCAGCUCUCCCUCGCCCUCGCAGACGCUGCCUCCCUGCACCACAUUCAGUCGCACCCCCUCGCCGGCCAAUCGCUGCACGCCACCUGUCGCCUGCUACAGGACAUGGCUCUCGUGCAGGCCAUUCGAGCCGACCACCUUGCGGCGCUCGCUGCUGCUGCCGAGCCUGGGUUCCUCUGGGCGCUGCUGCCGAGCCUGCUGCCGUGGCUGCAGGCGCGGGUGAGGCUGCAGCCAGAGUGCCUGGGGCAGAUGGGGUGCUUGCUGGUGUUGAUUCGGUCAGGAGUUGAUGGCACUGCUGUCUCUUUGAGUGUUGCCUCUGGUGGUGCAAGAAAGCAUACUCAUGCUGGUGCUCGUACCAGUGCUGAUGGUAGUGGCGGCGGCGGUGAGAGUGGGGCACGAGCAGGACGAGCAUCAACAGCUGUACGACAGAGAGAGGGGCUUGUGGCUCUGGACUGGGCGCUGAGGAGAGCAGAGGAGGAGCGAGUGAUGCGGGCUGUGGAAGUGGUGGGUGUGAUGACGAGGGAGAGGAGGCUGGUGCUGCUGCAGCUGGCAAAGGAGAUGAGAGGAGGAGGGCAAUGUCGUGAGCAGGAAGAGGAGGAGGUGGUGGUGGGAGGAGAGCAGCGGCGGCAAGUGCGGAAGACUGGAGGUGGAGGAGGAGAGGGUGAGGCAGCAGUAGCAGCACUGGUAGGGAAAGCAGCGAGGUCUGCAGUUGCCAUGGGGCGGCACGUCUUGGCAGCAUAUGGUCGAGCAGAGGUCGGACUGACCCAACCGGUGGCAGGGGAGGUGGGGGGAGGAGGGCAUGUGGGAGGAGGGCAGGGGAGCGGCAGCACAGCAAGCAGGGGUGGGGUGGGAGGCGGAGGAAAGGCUAGUGUUUUGAAGGCGGGAGCAGCAGCAGGUGAACCCGUGUCCGUGGGAGGCAGGGCGGCUGCGACUGCUUCUUCCUCGGUGAAACGAGGACCUGCUUUGGUAAACAGUGGUUCUUCUGAAGAUCUUGGAGAUUUCAAUGGGAUGGUGACAGGUGUCGCGAGGGCACUGGCGGAGGUGGGUCAGGUGCGGCUGGUGCGGGGGCUGGUGCGCAUGGCUGCAUGCGCUGCCACGGGGUGUGAAACCCCCGCCGCUGCCCGCACUGUGGAGUGCCUGCUGGCCUCCCUGCACCCACACACUUCUUCUCGUGCUCACACUGCUGCACGGAACGCUGAGCACCUCUCGCCCUCUGCUCGACCAAUCCGCCUCAAACCGCCAGCCAUGGCCUCCGCGCUCGCUGCUCGUCAGGUCCUCUCAGGCCUCUCCUUCAGCUCUGCAGUCAGAGGCACCGAGCUCGCCACCCGCAGCCUCCCCGCGGUUCCCCAACUAGCAGCUCCCCGCGGCCUAGGCGUCACCGCGCUCUUCAGCUCGCGCAAAGCCGCCGUCCCCGUUAAGAGCAUCCCCGCGACGAAGCUGCGCACGGAGGACGGCAUCUUCGGCACGUCGGGCGGGUUCGGGCUCACCAAGGCGAACGAGCUGUUCGUGGGGCGCGUGGCCAUGCUGGGCUUCGCGGCGUCGCUGCUGGGCGAGGCGAUCACGGGCGUGGGGAUCCUCUCGCAGCUCAAUAUCGAAACGGGUAUCCCUAUAACGGAGACGGAGCCGCUGCUGCUCUUCUUCAUCGCCUUCACCGUGCUCGGCGCCAUCGGCGGGCUGGGCGACCGCGGGCGAUUCGUGGACGACGAGCCGGUGGGGCCGCCCGUGAAGCCCGGCGGCAUCAAGGCGGCGCUGGGGUUGAAGGAGGACGGGCCGCUCUUCGGGUUUACCAAGGCGAAUGAGCUGUUCGUGGGGCGGCUGGCGCAAUUAGGGUUUGCGGCGAGCCUGAUUGGCGAGGUGAUCACGGGCAAGGGCUCGCUGGCGCAGCUCAACUUCGAAAUUGGCGUGCCCGUGUGGGAGCUCGAGCCGCUGCUGCUCGCCAGCAUCGCCUUCUUCUUCGUCGCCGCCAUCAACCCCGGUACAGGGAAAUUCAUUAACGACGACGAGUAA